AUUUAGUAUUUACUCUAUUAGAGACAUGCGGGUGUGUAUGAAACGCGCGUUUUUCCUACUCGAUAAAAAAAAAAAAAAAUCCGAUAACUCGUAAUGUUACAAUAACAACUCAGGUACCUCUAAUGCUUCUUCAUUACUAGUAUUGUAUUGUAUCACAUUGUACCGCUACGACGAGAAUAUAUUUUCUUGCGACCGUUCCAGUGCAGUUUGCAAUCGUGCGCCGACAUGAUCGUUUUGGCGCUAAUCGCCGCCGCCUUCAUGAACGGCGAUUGGUUGACGGUGGUGGCGCACACGCAAAAGUAUUUCGGCGAAGGACAUCAACAGUUGCACCGCCGGUCGGAGCUGUCGUGCACGUCGUUUUUCGAUGAAUUCAAAGUGCAAUUAUUCUGGGCCAUGGCCGUCGGAUACGGCAUAUACUUUGGCUUUUGCGGGUACUUAGAAUGGAAAUACUAUUUGAAGGGACGCGGCAAGGAAGCCCAGUGGAAAUGUCAACCGAAUCGUCACUUGCCCAAACACCUGGUCUGGGAUCAGAUCAAAUGGGGCUGUAUAGGUCUGAUGAUGACGAACGCGAUAUCUGCGGCGGUGGCUACACACGUCAGUUGUGGUGGUUACAGUAAAGUUUACGUUGCAUUCGGCCAGUAUCCGUGGUGGUGGUGGAUACUCCAGUGGCCAGUGAUAUUCUUCCAGCAGGAUUACGUGACUUAUUGGAUUCAUCGAUCGUUUCAUUCAAAGUUUUUGUUCAAGCAUUUUCACAGCAUCCACCAUAGGUAUUUUCAGCCUACCCCGUGGUCGGUGACCGCCAUACAUCCGUUGGAAUUGAUUUUCGUGCAACUGGCUAUGGUCGUGCCAAUAUUUAUUUAUCCGGUGCAUUGGUUUCCGUUUUAUGGAUUGGCUCUUUACACGUACUAUCACGGUAUCGUGCAACACUCGGGAAUCACUUUCAAGGCGCAGUGGUGGCAGCCUUGGCAACCGGAUUGCAUGUUCCACGACAACCACCAUCAGUACUGUCACGUCAACUUUGGAUUUAAUUGCUCUUUGUGGGAUAAGAUCCACGGAUCCAUGAGAAAGAUUGAUCGUUAUUACAGCGAGCACACAGAUUCAUGGGGUUCCGGUCGACCAUUGGCGGACUUGUCGAGCAAAGAACUGUACAAAGAAAUCCAGGAGAGGAUCGCCGAAAAUCCAAUGGCUUACCGCGAACAAAUCAACCCAUACUCGUUGUAAUACAUCGAUAGUGAUACCCAAUAAUAACUAAUAAUUUCAAAGGCUUGCGUAACUGUUGGAAAUAUGAUUUGGGUUGUUCUCUUUUCUUAACUAAUGUUUAAUUUUCAUAUUAUAUGGCUCGUGACUUACAUUUAUUAAACUCAGUAUCAUUGAUAUAUAAUUUAUAAUAAUAGAAAUGUACGCAGUGUUUUGUUUUAUCCCAUCUUCAACUAAAUAAUAUUAUAUAGUAUAAUAAUAUGGGAAUUAGAAAAUUAAAAAAUUACUAGACUACUGGAGUAUAGCAUAUGCGAGUUUGAGCGCUGUACGUAUUUUGUGUUCUAGGUACUUGUAAAUUAUCAUGUUUAUUACUUGUUUGAAGAGAAUCGAUUCCGUCUGUGUUUUACUAUAUUAUAUCUAUUUAUAUUUUAAAUUUUAAUAUGCCAAUUGUA